AUGAGAUCCAAUAAUGUUGUUCAGAUAUUAUUUUUAACUUCAUUAAUUCUUUUGGCCAUAUUUAUCGCUGUUCCAUCAAAAGCUAGAUCAAAAGUACCAUUUUCCGUACCAACAUUGGGAACUUUUCAUUUCAUACCUAUAUCACGUCCGAACCUCAAUACAUUCAUGCAACAAUCCGAAAUUAUAUAUCAACGAGGAGUAACAAAAAGAAGAGAGAUUAGACAUAAUUUUCCUGAUCGAGGGUUUUUUCCUGCCAAGGAUGAAACUACUUUCAAAGAAACUCCUUGGAGUAUUUGGGAUUUAGUUACUCCAAGUUAUGGUUGUCCAUGGGAAAUGGAAAGACUUGGAAGAAUUGGGGAAGGAGGUUGGUGGAUUUGUGGAAUUAGUAAAUUUAUUGAGAAGAAAGAACCUUGCGUGGUCUAUAGUUUUGGUAUUGGGAAUGAUUCAUCGUUCGAAGCCGAAAUACUUAGUCGAACGAAAUGUGAAAUUUGGGGUUACGAUCAACAUGUGCCGGGAUUUAAUUUUGGUGAAGAAGUUACGGAAGAAAUGAGAGCAAGAGCACAUUUUGAAAGAAAUGGAGCAAAUAGUGCUACAGAUGAUGCAAACCGACUUGUUACAAUUCAAGAUAUGAUGAAAAGGAAUGGACAUGAUUACAUUGAUAUUUUGAAGACGGAUAUCGAAUAUUCGGAAUACAAUGCUCUCUCUUCCUUGAAUGGUCAUACACUUCCUGGCGGUGCUGGUGCACUUACAUCUCCAGAUCCAUUGAAACCAGAAUUUCCUAUCGGUCAAAUACUGGUGGAAAUGCAUAUCUUUGAGUGGCAGGGUAUCACUGCAAGUGUUUAUUUGGAUUGGUGGGAGAGUAUGGAAUUCAGGGGAUUGAGAGCUUUGCAUAGAGAAAUUGAUACGGUAGCACCAGGUAUGGGAGUUGAAGGAGGAGGAAUUAAAUUGUGUAGUUAUACAUUGCUGAACGUGCAAGAUUCGAGGAAUAAACUUUAUCAUAGAUAAAUUCACUGGGGUGGAUAUGAACUGGACA